CCCGUGUCUGCCUGAGCUAGCAUGGCUGAGCCGGGGCUCCGCUGGUGAUGAGAGAGGAGGUGCCCGUGGUCACCCUGGAAGCGCGCAACAAGUCAAGAAAGAGCUUGGAAAUUUGGCCGCAGGUUUUGGAUGCGUUGCGACGAUCUGGAGGAGUUGAGGUUAGGCGAAGCGAAAGUGUUAAGAGGUCCCAUAAUAAGGAGUGUGAGUGUGAGAUCGAUGUCUUGAACACUAUUCGAGAAGUAUUGGGGCUUUAGAGACCUGGAUAACCUUUGAAGACUCUGCAGGGUCUUUUUUUUGUGCGUGUGUGUUUUAGGUUCCAUCCGAACUGCUUCAAGUCCCAGAGGAGGUGUCAGAGAUGUUGGUAGAAGCUGGUGGACCUAACGGUACUGGCAAAGUAGCGAGACGUUGGGGAGCCCGUUUAUGUUGAUGGGUGACCUGGUCGUGUUCCAAUACCAGCAGGCAACCCGCGUUGGGAGGACCUCAUGCUUCCGAAGAACCUGAACGUUCCGGAGGUGAGCACUCUUUGCUAGCGCCUCGCGUCGCCUUUAACGUCUCCUUUUACGCCUUCAUCGUCACGACGACAGCCGAGGAUGCACAGGCCGCCCCGGCCAGCGCAGUCAUGAGCGGCCGCAAUUCCAAGCAGAAGACUCUCUUCCAGAGCUGGGGGGGCAGGCUGGGCAGUGCGGACGGUGCAGUGGGAACGUCGUCGUCGUCUCAAGGAAGGUCAUCGUCAGUAAAACCAUGGACUUCCAAGCGAGGAGCUGGGGUCAGGCGAGGAGCCGUGGGCUCCGGGAGGCAUGCGGGAGACUGGGCUAGUGCAAGCUCUGGUCGGGGACCGUCGUUAUGGACCGGCCCUGAAACCAAAGAGGGUCAGCAGACCUCGUACAGGCAGCAGGUCGACUUUGGUGGCUACGUUGGUGACAAUGAUGACGACGACGUGUUGAUGGUGGCCGCGGCUGAGGUCGAGGCGGCGUCUGGGAGAGACGCCAAGGGACACCAGGAGGUGGAACACCUGCCCGGAUUUGACGUGAGCUCCGGUGACAUCUGGAUCUACCCGACAAAUUUCCCGGUGCGCGAAUAUCAAUACAGCAUCGUUCAGACGACGCUCUUCAACAACACGAUGGUGUGCUUGCCCACCGGCCUGGGCAAGACGUUCAUCGCCGCCGUGGUGAUGUACAACUUCUACCGGUGGUACCCGUCCGGCAAGAUCCUCUUCAUGGCUCCCACCAAACCGCUGGUAGCACAGCAGAUGGAGACGUGUCACAACGUGAUAGGCAUCUCGCAGGAGCACAUGGCGGAGAUGACGGGUGAUUAUUUUGUGUGUGUGUGGAUUGCUUCGAUGGUGGCGGUGGUUGUUUGGGAUGAUAAUUGAGUGGUUCACUAUCGGAAUCUUUAUUUUU